AUGCGUAUACUCCAACUUUUUUCUUUUUACCUUUUUAUUACUUCAUGCUCGGUUAUUUGUAAAUCUUCAAAGAAAGGUAUUUCUAUUCCAAACCGUCACCAUUUAGAAGAUGCUCAUGAUAAUGUAUGUUAUGCACUAAUUAUGUCGUCUGGUUCCAACAAAGGCCCCUGGCAGGCGGGUGUUGUACGUGGCAUCGCCCAAAAAUACCACGAUAGUGGGAAAAAACUUAGGUGGGAUCUUGUAGGGGGAACUUCGGUUGGUGCAAUAAAUGCACUUGCUUCUCAAUUUUAUCCACCUGGUGAAGAGCUGGCAUGGACUACUGAGCUUGUGAUACUUUGGAAAAUGGCAAGGCAAAAAGAUAUUACGACAUGUAAGACUCCUUUAAAAAAAAAUUAUGCAAGAUGGGCAGUCUCAUUUCUUAAAGGUUGGAUUAGUGCCAGAAAUCCGUUUAGAUAUUUGUGCGACAAUUCUCCUGCAAGAAAGUUAUUAAGAGAGCUGUUUCUACAUAGAAAACAUAAACAAAGACUUUUUUUUACCAAUACAAUGCGUUACACUGAUAGAACUGCACACGUCUUUACCGAACAAUUAGAGCUUGAGGAAAUAAUAGAGGCAGUUAUAGGUUCAGGCACCAUUCCAGGAAUAUUCCCGAUCAAAUAUUUGAGAAAUCUAGGUUAUCAUGUUGAUGGUGGUUUUAUUGCUGCUGGAGAUCUUGAGACUGCAAUUAAACGGUGUAUUGCUGUAGGAAAGGCAAAAACACCAAGAGACGUUGUCAUUGAUUUCAUAUCCGCAGAAGAGCCACGAGGAUUAAAGAGAAAUACUUCCUUUUUAGAGGGCGAAGACUAUAGAAGCCCUCAUCAGCUUCCAUUAUAUUAUAUUGUUUUACAAUCAUUAGGCAUACUUUCAGAUAUGGUUUCAUCAACUUCCGUUGUAAGACAAAUAAUUUCCAAAUAUCCUGAUGUUACAAUUAGAUAUUUGAUUCAGCCAAACGAGGAGGCUCUUAUGUGGAUACCAGGAGUGAUGGUCGAUUUUUCACAAUGGAAAAAAAUGCACAGGGUUAUAGAGGCAGGGUAUAAAUCUGGCUACAAUGCUUUACCAAUGACUGGCGAAAAACUUAAAACAAUUAUGGAACCAGCGGAAACUUAUUUCCAUCCACCAGACCCUGCUGACGUUAGUUCAAUAUUAGAACAGUAUUAUCAGGAUUGUGAAGCGAGGAAGAUUUCCAGUGGUUUCAGGCCAAUGGGUUUAGAUGAUGUUACCCUUUAUCUAUUAACUUCAAACGUAGAAAAAGCAAUUAAGACAGUAUUUACCGAAGUUUCACCAUAUAAAAACAUAUUUCCAUAUAAAGAUUCUAUAACUUUUGCUACAUUCAUGGGUCCUUUUUUCAUUACCAAAAGGUGCAUUGACUUAAUGCAUUAUUUUGCGCUUGCAAGAGGGGUAAGAUCUCCUACUCAAAGCCAAUUUUAUUCUUGGGUUGGUAAGCUCUGCAAUAUUAUUGCUUCAAAGGUUAAUGAGUACAAUACUGGUGAAAUUCGUAAUCUUUCAAAACAAUAUUUUGUUGAGGAACUUCCAAUUACACUACAGGAUGAAAGCCCUGGAGAAGUUACUUUUAACGAGUUUACUGAUAAAUCGAUCAACGACCCUUCUAGAAAUUUUACCAAUAAUUCCUUAGAUGAUGGGAAAGAUAUCGAUUCAGGUAAUAUUGCUACGAAAAUUAGAAAUUUAAUAUAUGCUCUAUCCAAUGAUAAUAAACACAUUGUUGGAAUGACGUUCUUAGAAUUUACCAACGCUAAGCGCUCAAUUGCUGGACUUAGCCAAUGCAUAAGCAUACUAUUAAAUGACUUACAGGAGAAACUGGACCAAAUUAGCCCAGGCGCAGCUUUAAGGCGUGCGCUCCUGAUUAAAGAAAGAAAGUUGAAAAAUACAUAUCAAACACUAAAUUCUUUCGUUGUAGUACUAAAGUCUCUUAAUGACGACAUUCAAAAGUUAAACAAGACUAUUAUAACAAUCGAUUCAUUUUUAAAAUCAUCUAACAAUAUCUCCAAUAAAGCAACCAAGCUUUUGAAGUAUAUAGAAGAUAAACAAAAAAAGGGAAUUUUUUCUGCUAAAUUCGAAGAUAUUAUUACGUUGCUAUCUCUAUAUGAAGACUAUGUUGAAAAGCUACAAAGCAUUCGUAUCAAGGAAAUUAGUAGCCGUAGAAUAAUUGUUGAUUCUAAGCACUCUCAAUUGAUUCUUGCAAGAAUAAUUAUUGCUUUACGGGACCAAAGUGAAAAUAUACCAAAGUUGGUAAAUGGAAAAUCUACGGAAGGAAUUUCAGAGUCUAUUAAUAGAUGUAUUAGCAUUUUUGAUGAACAGUACAAGCCUGCACUGGCAACGAAAGAUGCAUUUUAG